GCAGAUGAGUCUUCAGACGUUCAACAUCUGCUCAUCUCUGCUCAUGUCAUUGCUGCUGCUCUGUCCUGAAGGGUGUCUGAGCUUCCCGCUGCAUCCCAUCAUCCAUGAUUAUGAAGCUGCAUUGAUCGAGGCCUGGGCGAAGCCGAUGGACAAGAUGGAGAUGAUGGAAGUGGGCAGGAGAGCUCUCGGACCCUCUGUGAAACACCCGAUGGAGAUGACGUACUACAAGAGAGGAGAAGAGGAGGAGGACAUGGAUCCAGGUGAUAUGCAACGGAAUGAGGUGCUCUCGUCCAUCGCUGGAGGUCUGCAAGCUUUCAACAGACAGAAAGGAGGCUUCGGGUUCCGUUUCGGGAGGAAGUGAUGAAGAAGGAAAGAAAAGAUGCAUAUAUAGGGAUUAAUCUAUGUGUAUAUUUAAUAUUUAUACACAUAUAUUACAGUAUAUUUAUAGAUCUGUGUGUGUGUGUUUGUGAGAGAGAGAGAAAGAGAGAGAGAGAGAGAGAGAGAGAGAGAGAGAGAGAGAGAGAGACAUUAUCAUAAUAAAUGCUCAGCUUUUAACUGCACAUACAUGAGAUGCAUUAACAUGACUGUUUCUCUUGUUGUACAUAGCAGUUUCUGGAUAUGAUAAAAAAUAUUUGUGAAUCCUGGACCAAAUG